AAACAGCACGGGUCCUAUCUCAUCACAGCACCAGCCACCUGGCAGCCUGUCCCCAGUUCCUCCAGCUCCCAGAGCCCGGUGGAGCCUGCAGACCCAGGCACACCACCCAGCCCCACCUUCUUUCACCACACUCAUGCAGAAAGGGCUCUCACUGGUGACCUGGCUGGGUGUGGGGCUGCUGGGUCUCCAGAUGCUUCACCAUGGAGGGGUCCAUUCGACUGCUAGCCUACUUGGCGUGUGUCAUCCCAAUGGGAUCACUUGUAAGAACUAAAAGAGAUACUACUGAGAAUUUGCUCAACACAGAGGUGCACAGUGCGCCGGCGCAGCGCUGGUCCAUGCAGGUGCCGGCCGAGGUGAGCGCGGCGGCGGGCGAGGCGGCGGUGCUGCCCUGCACCUUCACGCACCCGCACCGCCACUACGAGGGGCCGCUGACCGCCAUCUGGCGCGCGGGGGCGCCCUACGCGGGCCCGCAGGUGUUCCGGUGCUCGGCGGCGCGCGGCAGCGAGCUCUGCCAGACUGCGCUGAGCCUGCACGGCCGCUUCCGCCUGCUGGGUAACCCGCGCCGCAACGACCUGUCGCUGCGCGUCGAGCGCCUCGCCCUGGCCGACGACGGCCGCUACUUCUGCCGCGUUGAGUUCGCCGGCGACAUCCACGACCGCUACGAGAGCCGCCACGGCGUCCGGCUGCGCGUGACCGCCGCGCCGCGGAUCGUUAAUAUCUCCGUAGUGCCCGGCCCGGCACACGCCUUCCGCGCCCUCUGCACAGCCGAAGGGGAGCCGCCGCCCGACCUCACCUGGUCCGGCCCGGCCCUGGGCAAUAGUUCGGCCGCCUUGCGGGGCCAAGGUCACGGCCACCAGGUGACCGCCGAGCUGCCCGCGCUGACCCGCGACGGCCGCUACACCUGCACAGCCACCAACACGCUGGGCCGCGCCGAGGCCAGCGUCUACUUGUUCCGCUUCCACGGCGCCAGCGGGGCCUCGGCGAUCGCGCUGCUGCUUGGCGCGCUGGGCCUCAAAGUGCUCCUGCUGCUCGGCGCUCUGGCCGCGGGCGCUGCCCGCCGCCGCCUAGAGCUCCCGGCCACCCAGGACACCCAUCCGCGACCCCAGGCUCAGGAAUCCAGUUAUGAAAAUUUGGGCCAGAUGAACCCCGGAGCCCACAGUCUGCCACAUGUUCCCCAAGAGGAGCUCCUCAGCCACCAGCACCUACUUGCGCACUGUGAAAAGUGGAAGCCAGGGCAAGGCUUGGCUGGUACAGCCCUUCCUAGUUCCCAGGAACCUUGGCAGCCCCCAGCUGAGGGAUCAGUGGUCAGGAACCAGCUCACAGAGGUUCAUCUGGCCGACUUACUUGAACUUCUGUCUUAUGACCUCCAUGCUAUUCAUGCCAGUGGGGCCAGCAUUCUGAAAGUUUGUGUGUGUGUGUGUGUGUGUGUGUGUGUGUGCGCGCGCACCUGCACAUGCCUUUGUUGGUCAGCUCUCCUGUUACUGGGACAAAACACCCACAUCCACAAGUUAAAGGAGGAGAGGUUUAACUGGCUCACAAUUUCAGAAGUUUCAGUCCAGAGUCAGCUUUGGCUGGCUUCAAGGGAGAAAUGUCAUGGCAGAAAUGUGUGGUGGAGCCAAGCUGCUCACUUCGAGUGGGGAAGAGCACCAGCGAGAGAUACCCUCCAAAGGCACCCCCAGAAACCUGCCUUCAACUGGGCCUCACCUCCUAACAGCACAUCCAGCUGUGAACAUCCGUGGGUUAGUCAGCUGAUGAAUACAGUAACCCCAUGCUCCAGGCACCUUUCCUGGAGUCCCAUAACCCAGCCAAGAUGGCAACCUCAGCAGUCACAGUGUACCUCAGCAUGGAACUUCUGGACAGCUUCCCUCAUUCUUUUUUUUCCUAGGACACCGUAGUAAAGUAGAUCGGAAACUGGUCAUAGACUCUGGGGGCCCCAGGCUCCAUCCUGCUCUACCAAGUUGCUAUGUGGACUGGGAUAAUGUCUUCACCUCUCUGGAUCUCAGUUCAUCCACCAUUGAUCAUGGGCAGGAAUAGUCUUCCCCUCUGCCUAGUAGGUCUAUCAAGAUCUGAGGAAAUAAUAGAUGUGACAGGGUUUUUGCAAUGUUCAAGGCUGUCUCAGAUUUGGGCCUUUGGACAUGCAGAGUUUUUAGAUAAGUUGGCAGUCACACCAGGCUUGUAAUGAACAAAGCAUUCCAGAGAAGUCGCAGACUGAGUUGUGCAAACUGAGGUCCAAGGAACAUCAAGUCCUGGAAAUUUGGUAGCAGGGAGAGGCCUGGAGUUCCUGCUUCUUGCAUUAUUCACCGAGAUUGUCCCACACCCUCUGCUCACCUCUUACUGUCCCAGAUGUUCUAUACUGUCUUCAGCUGGGACCUCCAGGAGAAGGAACCAAAGAGCCAUUAUCUCAAAGCAUCUGGAAGCUUCUGUCUCAAGGACUGAAAGCUGGGAGACCUGACAGGUGCUGUGGGACACUAUAAUCUAUGGUCCACAUCCUCCCUGGAUGUGGGUCCAAAAUGCACUGGCACUCUCACCCUAUUUGCCCAAGCGCAAUGAGGCUAGCCUUGUGGGGUGCUGCACUCCCUUUUACAUAUCAGCGUGAACUUACUGGUCCUACUAGCGAGAGGAGAGGCAUGCUUGGGAGCCAGGCAAGAAGACAAGAGGAAGGGCCCACAAGAUAGCAGACUAAAGAGGCCAUGAUGCUUUUCUGGGAAGAUGCUGUGAAGGUUGAGAGGUUCACCCAGCUCCCCUCCUCACCACAGCCUUUGCCAGGGCAAGAGGGUGAAGGCAGCUCAUUAUU